GGACACUAAAAGCAACAAUCCCCACGAAAACCAAUCAAACCGGGGCCCAGACCAGGUGAACCAAUUGGAAUCGCAGAUAUCUCUAACUCCGCCCCUCACGCGGAAGGCUGCGUUGCCGAAAGUCACCUCGUCGAGUCGGUCAGGGUGAAGCUACAGACAGCUAGCAUGGUCAUAGUGUUGCUGGAGUAAGGUCGAUAGUAGGACGACAACUUGCUUCUCUGAGUGCAAACCUUUCUGGCUUUUAUAUAAGCCACGCAAAGACAAGCUUAGUUCAAUUCAGCGACAGAUACUUGGCGAGCUAAUCUUCCAGCGAGCUAGCUUCUUUAGUCCUUUAUCCUCCUCCAUACCUUAACUAUACGAUCAUGGCUGCGCUCAGAGCAUCCUACCACAGGAUUUUGGAUAAGAUCGAGCAUAUGCUGCCCGCAAAACUGAGACCUCUGUACAACCACCCUGCAGGUCCAAGAACAGUUUUCUUCUGGGCCCCGAUGUUUAAAUGGGGUCUGGUGUUUGCUGGUAUGGCCGACAUGGCCCGGCCUGCGGACAAACUCAGCCUCUCCCAGUCUGGAGUGCUGACCGCCACAGGGCUGGUCUGGUCCAGAUAUUCGCUGGUUAUCAUCCCCAAGAACUGGAACCUCUUCGCCGUCAACUUCUUCGUGGGCAGCGCAGGAGCCUCCCAGCUCUACAGGAUCUGGAGGCACAAACAGGAUAUGAAGGCACAGGCUAAAGAGGCUGCGGAGUCCUGAGGACCAUCCUCCUGACCUGCUGUCCCGCUGCUGACUUAAAGGGGACUUUAACAUCACCCCCUCAUCCUCCCAUACUGUCUCCAUAACAUCCAUGCCAUUACCAUCGUCCCCCCCCCACCACACACACUCACACACACAGCCUGGUGUCCCUGCUGGAAAUAUGCACUUUUCCCUAAGUAUCAGAUUUCCUCAGGGUGUACAAAGAAAAAAACAAAAACACGGAGAAAAAGAACUUCUUUUUUUUUUUAAACUUUAGUCAACACACCCUAAAGAAUGGUGGUCAUCGACGCACAAAUAUGACUUGUAUAGUAACUUCUAUGAUUGUACAGGUGUUGCUUUGUGUCCCGUGCGCUCUGGGAGGCUCACAUCAGUAACCUCCAGCAGACUGUUCCCAAAAAACAUGCACCCCUGCUGAAGGUGUUUUUAAGGAAUGUUUCAAAUAAUGAAUUCGAGAAGGAUGCCAUCACAUUUUUUACUUUCUCACUCGCCUAUUUAUGCUAUUUUCAGCGCCCAGGCGUCUGUACCUCAGCAGUCAUUAAAUCCUUGUUGAUUACCAUGUAACGAUUCCUUCCAUUUCUAAUGGCUUUACGUCUUUUAAUCCUUGAGAAACGAAAAAAAAUCCUAAUUUAUUAAUUACUUGAGAUUUUUUUCUGUUUAGGCUCCUCUUUGUAGACAGAAGGACACUGUUAUUUUCGAACUGUAUAUCAGGAAUACUGCAUAUUUAACCGCCACGAUCAACACAGCGAGUCAGCGAACAACUAGUUACAGACUGGAACGGCCUCCGUCGUCACACUUGCGGUUUUAAAAGUCUUCUAGAUCUUAGGAAGGUGUAUAUUUAAAAAGGUUUUCGUGUCUGAGAUCAAUAGCGUGCUGACAUUCUCACUGUUUUAUACAGUCUCACACCCUAGAUAAUUUAGCAAUAAUUGGUGUAUCUCUUAAUCUGCUGACUGUUUGAACAAGUGGCACUUUGAGGGCUGAUGGUUUGUGACUGUAAUGGUUGUGUGAUGCUAAUAAAUACUGUUUAACAGUUUGCAGUGCGGACAUCUCAGAGA